GCAUUUUUAGUUCAAAAGUGAAAAUAGAUCCGGCGGCAUAAAACCAGUUGGCAUCGCCACAACGGUCUUUCCAGUCGCAUGUUGAAGUUGGGAACGGACCAUGUCGAGCGAUUCUGCUGAGUACAACAGCUCAAAAGACCAUGGGGGGCCUGAUGGAAUGGAGCCUGAUGGUGUCAUUGAGAGCAACUGGAACGAGAUUACUGACAACUUUGAUGAUAUGAACCUAAAGGAGACUCUCCUCAGGGGAAUAUAUGCAUAUGGUUUUGAAAAGCCAUCUGCUAUUCAGCAAAGGGCAAUCAUACCUUGCAUCAAAGGCUAUGAUGUCAUUGCCCAGGCCCAGUCGGGUACUGGCAAGACGGCCACGUUUGCCAUCUCUAUCUUGCAGCAACUGGACAUAGAGCUGAAGGAGUCUCAGGCUCUUGUGCUGGCUCCCACCAGAGAGCUGGCACAGCAGAUCCAGAAGGUUAUUCUGGCUCUGGGGGACUACAUGGGUGCAGCCUGUCAUGCAUGCAUCGGAGGGACAGAUCUCCGGAGUGAAAUACAGAAGCUCCAGGCUGAGGCUCCUCAUAUUGUGGUUGGCACACCAGGUCGUGUGUUUGACAUGCUGAACCGUGGACAUUUGUCUGCAAAAUGUAUCAAGAUGUUUGUUCUGGAUGAAGCUGAUGAGAUGUUGAGUCGAGGUUUCAAAGAUCAAAUCUAUGAGAUCUUCCAGAAGCAGAGCACAAACAUUCAAGUGGUCCUGCUCUCUGCCACCAUGCCAGCUGAGGUGUUGGAGGUGACCAAGAAGUUCAUGCGGGAACCCAUUCGCAUCUUGGUGAAGAAAGAAGAGCUUACUCUCGAGGGUAUCAAGCAAUUCUACAUAAAUGUGGAGCGAGAGGAGUGGAAGCUGGACACACUGUGUGAUCUGUAUGAAACUCUGACAAUCACCCAGGCGGUGAUAUUCCUCAACACCAGGAGAAAAGUAGACUGGUUGACAGAGAAGAUGCAUGCUAGGGACUUCACCGUUUCUGCUCUGCAUGGUGAUAUGGACCAAAAGGAGCGUGAUGUGAUUAUGAGGGAGUUCAGGUCUGGCUCCAGCAGAGUUUUGAUCACUACUGAUCUUCUGGCUCGUGGGAUUGAUGUCCAGCAGGUUUCCUUGGUCAUUAACUAUGACCUUCCUACGAACAGAGAGAACUACAUUCAUAGAAUUGGCCGUGGUGGCCGUUUUGGCAGAAAAGGAGUUGCUAUCAACUUUGUUACAGAGGAAGACAAGAGGAUUCUUCGGGAUAUUGAGACAUUUUACAAUACUACCGUGGAGGAGAUGCCCAUGAACGUGGCAGACCUGAUUUGAGCACAGCGUUUUUUUUGUUUUUUUUAAUGCAGUCAUCGCGAUCGUCCACUUGCAUUGUGCUUAUCAUAUUUGAGGGGUGGGGGGGACUUCUCAAUGCUAAACCUUAGCUCUGAGUUUUUGUAUGUGUUAAAAGGGAGGUGACUUCUACAGUGGUCCCUCUGGCAGUUGUAGAUUCUAACCUCGACUGGUUGCUGUUUAAUGCUACGAAGUCAUGGGGUCUGAAAAUGUUGAGUGUUUCUUUCAAUGUUCUAUUAAGAUGUGUGUGUUUGAUGUUCUUUACCGUUUAGUAACUUACUUGUGGACUAAAAGGUUCAAGUGCUGUAUAAAGUCUGCAAAUUAUGCUAUGCUAACGUAUGUGUGGUUAAGUAUAUUGUGGGACUGCUUAAUGGAUGCACUAGUUAUGUUUCACUGUAUUUUCAUAUAUUUGAUCAAUUUUAGGCCUAUUUUUUUUUUAUUUCACUUGCUUUGGGCCUCUUGGCUGCAUUUUACUAGUGUGCUUUUACACUUAUACUUCAUUGCUAAUGCACCAUCCAAUGCUAUAUUUGACUUUCCCUAAUUAUUUACAUGUUCGUCUCAAUAAACUGUUUCCGUGAGGACA